UUAAUAUUGAAAAGAACCCUACUAUCAACACUGUUGUUAUUGUUAGGCGUGGCUAGUUUACAUUCUGGUUCUUCAAUUAUACAUGCAUCAAUGUUUUCAAAAUGUUAAAAUACCAUCAUUGACUUUCAUUUUUAAGAACAUAUUUUAAUUAUAGCUGGCAUCAUGAUUGAAUACCCAAAAGCAUCUAAUGCUGUCGUCCUUGGAGGUUCUAUAACGUAUGUAGCUGGGCUGUUACUCUUAGUAUCUUUCACGAGCCCGUACUGGAUACAGUCAUAUGAAGAAACUUUUAAUAAUUUCAAACACAUGGGUCUAUGGGAAUACUGCUUUGAAAAUUUCCGAUAUCCAUAUUAUCAAUUUGAUAAGUUAUUUAAUAACUGUCAUCAUAUAUUUUCUCAAGAAUAUUUCGUAUUGAGAGAAUGGUUACUACCGGGAUGGCUCAUGGUAGUGCAAGCAAUGGUCACCAUCAGCUUAAUAUUAUCUUUUUCUGGUCAAGUUAUCCUUGUUCUGAUUUUGAUUAGAUUUCCUCUAAAAAUGGUGCUGGAAAAUGAAUGGUUUUUAUCAACUAUUGUCGCAUCUUGUAACAGUAUAACAAGCAUCCUUUUAUUUUUGUCAGUCACUGUUUUUGGAGCACAAUGCUGGAGGAGAGAUUUUUUAAUGUAUCCAAAUUUUAAUUAUUUAUCUUGGUCCUAUGGUUUGGCUGUUAUAUCAAUGAUGUUGCAUGGCAUUGGAGCAAUUUUUCUAUUUCUCGAUGCUAAAUCCAAUUAUAAAAGAAGAAAGGAAUCUCACAAUUUAGUAAUGCAAAUGCAACCAAAUCCUCAAACAAAUUACUCCUUACAGAGAACCAAUUAUAUAUGAUAAGCAUGAAAAUUUUUUUAUACAACUACUUUGUACUAUCGUGCCUUUUUAAUGUUCAACUCAAUAAUGCUUUUUCUAACAAGCAUAUAAUUAUUAGAUAAAUAUGUUAACGUGAAUUGUGAUCACCCUGCUUACGAAUAAUAUAAGUCUUACAAAGGCGACGAAGACUAUCUUUCAUAUUACAAAACUAAUUUCCUUGUGAAAGAUAUAAAAAAUAUUCACAAUUGAAAGUUAAUAAAAAAUUAGAUGUAAAAUCUAAAAUUCAAAUAACAUUUUAUACACUUUGGAACAAUGUUAGUUAACUUAUCAAAUUUAGUUGAAAUUUAAAAAUUAUAAUUUUUAAAAUCUUUUAUUUAAUAACGUAAUUUUAAAUCAUCAAAUUCUUAAAAUAGAUAAGUGUUAAAAACGUUUACUCCCAUACUUCUUCAAUGUAUUACUAUUUUUAUAUUACAUAUAAAUGUAAAUAAUUAUAUCAAUUCCCGCAAAUUAAAUACCUCAAAAGUUCAUGUAUGGUACUUGAAAUAUGAAGAGCCUGCAUUUAAAUUCUAAUUUUUUUUAAAGAUAAAAUUUAUAAAAUUCUUGAAAAAAUUGAUUCUGUAAAUAAAGAAUUGAUACAAAGGGUUGAAUUUAAAUUAUUUAAUUUUUUUCCAUAAAAUUGACGGCUUAAAUCACAAUCAAAACUUCGAAAAUAAAAAUAUUUUAGUUCAUUCUCGUUGCCGAAAAUUAGAAAUUUGAAUUAGUGACUGAGGAAUUAAUUUUUUCUGAACAAAUAAAAAGAUACAGUUUUUGUAGAGUACGCGGUGAUAUAAUCAAUUUUUGUACAUGAUCUUAAAGAUUAAAUGUUGAGAAGAUACUUCAACAUAA